AUGUUGGACGUUGAUGUGCAAACCCAAUCCUCGGCAAGGUUCACUAGGUGCCACAGCAACCCAGAUACCCCAAGCAUUGGAUGGAAGUGCGGGGACCCAACAGUCAACAGUGUGCCACAGGACCUUGUGCUGGUGAUGCAGGUAUGCAGGAGCUUCAUGGUGGGAAGUGGGGAUAUCGCAGAGCUGGGUCACUCACUUGGUGGAUAUGAUAGAAAGGCACUAUGGCUCCGAGAUGCUUUGGUAUUUAAGCACAGAAAGAUGUUGAAUGGUGUGGAUGAUGAAAGAUGGAUAGAGGUUGAUGAGGCUGAAAGGACGUGGUGGGGGAUGGCAAAUCUCCUUGAGCAACGGACUGCCUUCCAUGCUUUUCCCGAUCUGCCUUGGAGUGCUUGUUUGAUACUUGCUUUCGAGGUCGACCUCACCUAUUGUAUGCGGGUGGUUGACGCAGAUCGGAGCAACGUAUAA